AUGGGCUUCUUCGCCGCAUUAUUAAGCCUCAUAAGCACUGGUCAAAUCGCCUUUACAGGAUAUAAUCUCUAUCUCUCCUCAAUUGCCAUUCCCAAACUUCUCACCUAUGAAAGCAAAGCCAUUAAAGCCGCAAAAUAUUCCAAUAUCGCCGAGGAACAACUAUUCAAAACACGAACUACGCAAGCGGCCAGUGUAGGAGCUCUUAUUCUUACUCUCUCAACCGCUACUCCUUUCCUCCUCUUAAAUUAUACAUGUAGCACUAUUUUCGCCCUGUCAACGGUUAAUUUUGCAGUGUUGCUUAUUACGAGAGAAUAUGUAGGGGAUUUCUGGAAGGGGAAACCUAAAUUGCCAAUUCCGGGUACAGGGGAUUUUAAUGAUGCGAUUGGCUUGACUAAUGAGGUGUGGGAGAAUGAAUUGUUUUUGGCCGUGAGUUGGGUGCUUUAUGGGGUUUUGGGCUUGUUGGUUUAG